AUGGAAUACUUGGAGUGUAACGGGGAUAUUGAUGAUGAGGUCUCCCACCGUAUCGGUACGGGGUGGAUGAAAUGGAGGCUCGCAUCCGGUGUUUUGUAUAAUAAGAAGGAGCCACCAAGACUUAAGGGUAAGUUCUACAGGGUGGUGGUUAGACAUGCUAUAUUAUAUGGGCCUGAGUGUUCGCCAAUCAUGAACUCCCAUGUUCAGAGGAUGAAAGUAGUAGAAAUGAGGAUGCCGAGAUGGAUGUUUGGGCAUACCAGGAGAGAUAAGAAUAGGAACGAAGUUAUUCGGGACAAAGUGGGAGUGGCCUCCGUGGAGGACAAGAUGCGGGAGUUGAGACUAAGAUUGUUGGGGCACGUGCAGAGGAGGAGUACGGAUGCUCCUGUUAGGAGGUGUGAAAGGCUGGCUGUGGCGAGGCAGAGAGGGGGUAGAAGAAGCCGAAUAAGUAUUGGGGAGAGGUGA